AUGGCGUCAGCCUCAAUCCUGCCUCGUCUUGUGCUCUUGCAUGAGCCGGAGCGCGAUCUCUUCGCUGAUCUGAUCUUCAUUCAUACAGUGGUACCUCCAAACCAGAAGUUGAGUCAGCAGGAUGAAGAUUAUGAAUUUUCGCCAUCUCUGGCGUGGCUCCAUCAAGAGGAGGCCCUCUCAGGGACAAGAAUCUGGGCAUACAGCUACAGCUUCCAUGAUUCGCCCUCACGAAGAUCAGAAGCGCUCGACAUGAGUCAUUUGGCGGAGGAUUUUCUGUCCUCGUUACACCGUGAAUCCAGUCAGAACGAUACGUCACCAAAUAUCGGUGCUGUUCCUAUCAUCUUCGUGAGCCACGGUCUUGGCGGUUUGUUAGCAAAGCAGGCGUAUUUGUUGUGCAGAAAUGGCUCGAAGCCCGACUUCGACCUCAUUACUCAAUCAAUAGUGGCUUUCGUCUUCUUCUCGACACCCCACCGUGGCGUUGACCGCUUCGAAGUCCUCAGGGCUGUGUUAGAUAAAUGCGUUCCUGCUUGGUGGUCAAAGCUCGACAUGCUAUCGUUGCAAAUAUACGCGCAGGCACUUUCUGAAAUCAACGACCGUUUCUCACACCUGGUCCCUCACGUAGACAUAGUGUCGUUUUACGAAGACAAUUCCGCCGGUACAAAUUCAGCCUUACUGCCUGUUCUUCAGCAAGAGACCGCGACUCUUGGCUCCGCAACCGAAAAAUGUAUAGAACUGGCUGCUGGUUCGGCACCUAUCUCUAGCUUUACAUCUAUAUCGUUUCCGGAUUACGAAAAAGUGCGGGAUGUCCUCAGAUACCUUGUUGAGAAGUUUAGGCGUUAUCCUCCAUCAACUUCGCGCAGUUCUGCCGAGCAGGAUUUGCCUCGCAUAGCCGAAUUUCUUGGGGUCGAAGGACCGCCAGAGGAUGAUCACAACUGGUAUGCCGAAAAACGUGUUAGUGGCACAUGCGACUUCGCCUUGAGGCAUGAAGCCUUCACCUCCUGGUCAAAGGAUAUCUCGAACACGUUAAGUGUAUUGUACUGUUAUGGCAGGCCUGGCUCAGGCAAGUCUGUAACGACCUCACACAUUGUUGACCACUUAGUGGAAAGAGAUUUACCAUGUGCUUACUACUACUUCCGGGCGGGCGACCACGUCAAAAACAAUCUAAUACUUUUCGUGCUUUCUCUGGCUUUUCAAAUUGCUACCUUUGACAUCAAUUACAGAAACAGGCUGUGCCGGCUCGCUGACGAUGGUUUCAACAUCAGCAAAUUUGGCUACAAAAUGCUGUGGAAGAAACUUGUCAUAACAAACUUGAUAAAAGUUCGUCUACCCAACCCAAUAUAUGUUGUAGUCGAUGGUGUGGACGAGUUGGACGCCGCUGUAUCAAAGGAACUCAUCUCGAAACUCUUUUUGGAACUUUCGAAUGUCUAUCAACCUCUAAGGUUACUCAUUGUGAGCAGGCCGAUGGACACUAUUGAGACAGCUGUGGAUCGUCUUGCGCGCCACCUGCAGCCCGCAAUUCAACUACAAAAGAUGGCCUUUGAUGGACACGAAGACGAUGUUCAAAUCUAUGUUGAGGAGGAGAUGCAGGCUAUGCCUGGCGAUGAUUCUUUCAAGCAACAGACAUAUCAUCGGAUCAUACAGAAGGCUGAUGGUAACUUUCUUUGGGCACACCUCGUGGUACGUGAAAUCUUGGAAUGUAGCCGGGAAGAUGACGUCGAGGAUGCCCUUAACACUGUGCCAGAGGAAUUGGACCCUCUGUACUCACGAAUGGACCAACGGCAAGCAGACGCAUUACAACACAGACGAAACGACAAAAGGUUAGGUCAAAGUAUCCUUACGUGGGCAUGCUGCUCAAGGUAUCCCUUAGCACUAAAAGAGCUUUCAGAGGCUCUAAGUCCCGAAUUCGAGCGCAUAAUUGACAUUCCUCAAACUAUUCAAAAGUUAUGUGGAGGAUUUGUUGUGGUGGACAAGAAGCUGCAUCUCAGCAUGAUGCAUGCUUCAGCCAGGGACUUCUUACUAUCACAGCCAAAACUCAAUUACUACAUCCAACCCGACAAAGCUCACCAGAAGCUCUUUCACAAAUGUGUUCAAAGACUCAUUACGUGCCACGCUGACGUACGGCAAGUCCUCAAAAGGUCGGAAGGUUUCGUCAAAUAUGCGGCAGAGUCUUGGCCCUUUCACCUUGCCUCAAGCUGUGGUUGGCUCGACCAAGACUCAUUGUCCAUGCUGUGCCCGUCGACUCAGAGUCUUGGUGGAUGCCUCGAAGGCUUUAACGACAUUUCUCCAGAUCGUGGGGACCAUAGACAAGAACAGGAUCCGCUCCAACAUCAAAUCGCGGACAGAGAAUACCUAUCUCUAUGGGCUCAAGACCUACUGCGUAUCGUUGGGAAAUUUGGUUCACAGAUACUUCUAUACACAACAUCUAUAUACGAUUUGAUCCCAGCCUUCUGUGCGAAGAAUUCAGCGAUAUACAGGAAGUUCGUUGCAGACACGCCGGCAUCGUCCCUGACCAUUCGAGGGUCAACCUCUCAGGAUUGGGAUGAUUGCCUUGCAAAAUUCGUUGUUCCUGGACAAAGUUUGCCUCAGAGCAUAACCGGGCUGGAUCGCCACUUUGCGAUACUUACUGGUGAUGGCAUCGUCCGUUUGUUCUACUCGAGCACUUACGAGGAAGCACGAUCGUUCCUGCAUGGUGAGCCCGUGCUUGCAAUGUGCUUUACUACCUUGGGUGAUCGCCUUGCCACAUGUGGUCUUCGCAAGACCAAGAUUUGGGAUACUACAACAGCCAGACCUUUGUGCACAAUAGACAAUCCACCUUACACAAAAGCACUUUCAAUAUGUUUCAAGGUCGGAGAUGAGAAUGUGGAGGCGAUUCAGAUGUUUUCAGACGAUGCCUUGAUCAGAUCUUGCUCGAUGGCUGCAGCUCAUCUUACCUGGAAGAUUGUGGGACCUUGCAAAUCUGGUCUCGACCCACACGAACGAACUAAUUCGCCAAGGAACGCUCAAUUCAGCCCGGACGGCUCUCAGAUUGCUGUCAACUACCGUGGUGUGCACCCAACGGUAUGGUCUCUUGACAGCGAACGUCCUCAGAUGGUAUCACAGUGCCAAGGGAGGUCUGCUGCUUAUCUUGCAUUUUCACGGAAAGAUGCAAAUUUCGUGGAUGCGCAAGCCUUCUACUGGCAUCCAAUCAGUGGUCAUCUGCUUGGAAUCUACAACGACGGUUGUGUAUUCAAAUGGCAUCCCACAAGUGGUGAACAUCACCAAUCUGAUAUCGGCUGUAAUGGCAUAAAGUGCAACACAGACGGGAAACUCUUUGUCACAAGUAGUGGCGAUGGAACACUACGCAUAUGGGACUUCGAGCAUUUUGCUCCAAUCUACGAGUUGACCUACACCCAAGGUAUACGCGAUAUAUGUAUCGAUUGGAAUGAAGCUCGCAUAUACGAUAUUCGCGACAUGUAUUGUCACGCCUGGCAACCUAGUGCACUGCUUCGACUGUUGGAAUCAGACGACAGAAUUAGCGACGCAAUCAGUAGUCAGGAUAGUACAUAUCAACUCUCUCUGGCUGAAGCACAGCAACAGAAUGGCGAGCAGAUCACCGCCCUACUGGUCCUUGGCUCUCAAGAUCGCUUCGUUGUAGGUGAUGAAGCAGGGCAGGCAUAUCUUUGUAAUUUCGAAGGCAAGAAGGUAGCAAAACUUGCCGAAGGUUAUAUUGGUAUUGAACACAUUGCUUGCUGCCAAGGUUAUGAUGUUGUAGCCGUGGCAGAUCUUGGUCGGGAUGUCACAAUCAGGAGCAUUCUUGAGAUUGACAAAUAUGAUUCUGACAGUGUCGCUGGAAACUUGUCGUGGUCUGUCAGCGAGCCAAGCAGUAUUACUCAACUCUUAUUCCAUGCAGAAGGCAAAAUGCUUCUGGUAAGCACAAAGGCUGGCCUUCGAAUCUAUGAUAUCAGCCAACAGUUGCUGCUCAGUGAGUCGAAAGAUAUGCAGCAAUAUUACUGGCUGAAUCAUGCUGAAGACAGCUCGCUUCUGCUGGGUAUUGGUACUGGUGGCAUGCAAAUCACAUCGUGGCACGAUCUGAGCGAUGCUAGCAUCUAUCGCUAUGAUAGGUCGUAUGUGCCACAGCUAAUACCGCCUAUAAUUCCCGAGAAUUCUCCACCUUCAUCCCAAAGAGCUGAACGUGAAAGCGCUAAAGACAGCAUCUUCGUGGAAAGAGUUUUGGUCUCUCCUGACAGCAAGUACUACUAUGUUCAAACUCGGUCUCGCGACCCACGUGUUACUCGCCGUCACGGGUCCUUCUUCAUGAAGUUGCAGCACAAAUCCCGGCCUGAGAAACGCUGGCGUAUCCCUACUACGCCGUUGACGUCAAACCUAAUUGAAAACCUCAAUUUUGGGUUAGGUUUCGUUGCAAUUGACCACAGGUCGACCUCGUCAUCCAGACGAUCUUCCGCACCUGCAAUGCUUAACACAAGACGAGUAGUGCCACGCCCACACCCUCAUGAACGAAUUUUUGCUUUCAUCGACCAUAAUUACUGGGUGUGCACGGUAAACCUUGGUUCAGAUGACAAUACACUGUGUUGUAUCCGAAAACAUUUCUUCCUGCCUCGCGAUUGGCAAAACGCUGAAUGGCUGGCAUCAGCAGCAAUUACGAAGACGGGAGUAUUCCUGUGCCCCAGAAACGGCGAAGUUGUGGUUGUCUCAGAUGGAUUGACCUACGAAUGGAUAGAUAAUUAG